UCCCCGGGCAAUGAUCCUCGCACGCGAUUGGCUGCCGUAGAGCUGCCUUGGUCAUGCUUGGGGUUGAGAAGGGCCUCGUGGAGAUUGGGCAGUAUCGAAUUCUCCGGGCCGUCACGACCUCCAGCUCUGACCCCGGCCUGGACUGGGGUUCGGUGGGGACGCCUCGUAGGCAUUCUGCGGGGAUACUGGGGAGCAAAUGGUGCUGGGCGGGGGCUUUUGAGAGUUAAGUUUAUAUUGUUUUGGUUCUGCAGCGGAGGAAAGCCGGGGGCAGCCGGGUUGAAGCAGAGAGAUUGCAUUGCAGGGGGUGAGGAGGGACAGGGAGAGUUUUGUUUUAUUUGAGUUUUUUUGGAGGGAGAAUUAUAUUAGAAGAAGGAGCAAAACUGCUUCAUUAUAGAUUAAAGUUGAGUUUUGACUCUUGACACGAGCAAGAGUAAGAACAGUUGGUUAUUAAUAUUAAUUAUUUAAUGGAAGGACUUCUCAAGGUGUUUGCAAAUUACUUCCUGUGCCCUUCCCCAUUAUUGUCAAUAUUGAAUUUUUGAAAAGCACUUAUUUAGCCGAAUGAGGCAGAAUUAAGACCAGAGUAGCCUGGGCUAGGGCUCCAGGGCUGUUUUAGGCUCAGGUGAAGCUGACAUCUGGGCUGUCUAUACCUGGAGAUGAAGGUUCUGAAGAUGCUGGUGUUAAGGAGGGCAAGUGGUUUCUGCCCAGGGAAAUGCAGGGAUUUGUCGAGACCAUGUCGGGUUAGAGAUCUCAGCACCACGGCUUCCAGAAACACUGUUAUGCCAGCUUGGGUGAUCGAUAAAUAUGGGGCCAAUGAAGUGCUCCGAUUCACAAAGAAUAUGAUAUUUCCUGUCAUAUGCUAUCCAAAUGAAGUCAUUAUUAAGGUCCAUGCUGCCAGUAUAAACCCCAUAGAUGUUAAUAUGAGAAAUGGGUAUGGAGCCAGAGCUUUAAAUAUGAGACGUGAUCCACUGAUUAUGAAAGACAUUGGUCAAGAAUUUCCUUUGACCCUGGGCCGGGAUGUCUCUGGCGUAGUGAUGGAAUGUGGGCUUUCUGUCACCUAUUUCAAACCGGGAGAUCAGGUGUGGGCAGCAGUUCCUCCAUGGAAACAGGGCACUCUAUCAGAGUUUGUUGUAGCCAGUGCAAAUGAGGUAUCUCAUAAGCCCAAGUCUCUUUCUCACACUGAAGCUGCUUCCUUGCCCUAUGUUGCUCUCACAGCCUGGUCUGCUCUAAGCAAAGUUGGUGGACUGAAUGGCAAGAACUGUAAAGGAAAACGGGUUUUAAUUUUGGGGGCUUCAGGUGGAAUUGGCACCUUUGCAACACAGUUACUGAAAGCAUGGGGUGCCCACGUGACAGCAGUUUGUUCUGGGGAUGCCAGUGCCCUAGUAAAGAAGCUUGGAGCAGAUGAUAUAAUUGAUUACAGAUCUGGAAAUGUGGAAGAACAAUUGAAAUCCUUGAAACUGUUUGACUUUGUCCUAGAUAAUGUUGGUGGAGGCACUGAAGAUUGGGCUCCAAAAUAUCUCAAGAAAUGGUCGGGUGCAACAUAUGUGACACUGGUCACUCCUUUUCUACUGAAUAUAGACCAGCUAGGAGUAGCCGAUGGCAUGGUACAAACUGGAUUCACAAUGGGAUCAAAGUCACUAAAGGUAGAGGGAAAAUGCUUUGUAGACGCUUCAAGCAUCUGGUGCUCUGUUUGCAACUUCCCCAAACUCAGCCAACUUCUUUGUAUCUUCUUUUAUCUCCUCCUUCUAGUUACAAGUUCUUUUUUCUCCUUUGUUUUUACCUUAAAAUCUUCUGCCCUCUUUCCUGUGCAGAACCUUGUACGUGAGGAUGACAGGACUGGGCCACUCUCUGUAGGGCUUGUGCUUUGCCUUGUUUUCUCUGGACUGGGCGGAGGUGCCAAAGCAUCCACAUUCUCUUGACCAGGCCCCCUGCCAACAGCACAACCUAUUCUGAGAUAGCUUGUAGAAACAAGAUGCUGUCUCUGGCCUCAUCUCUCUGGAAGCUUACUGAUUCCCAAGAGACUUGAACUCAUGACUCUAGUUUUUUCACCAUAGCACUUAAGCCAACAAAACCAACUAGUGAUAAGCACCACUGACUUAGAAGAAAUAGAGACAAGAUAUGAAAGAAGAGACUUCCCUACCACUCACAUGAAGCACAGAUGGGUGUUAGAGACUGAAAAAUGCAAGAGAUUCUUUAUUUUCUCUAUUUUCCCAGGAACAGUACAUACCACCUAGCCCUGCCUAAAGAAUAUUUGUGUGUAUGUGGAAGAAGGAUCUCUUUCCCUACCUUUACAAAGCCCAGAGGCCUUAAAGGCGCUUAAAUCAAAAUAUACAUUUUCUGUACAGUAUCACUUUUGAGAGCCCAGCCUGGCCUCUUGCCAUGCCUACCUUCAGAACCUCAUGCUGAGAGACAGCCAAACAAAUACUGCUUUCUUUGACUUGUUUUUUCCUCUCCCUCAUAUGAAAGCCAAUAGCAGUAAUCUCCCUCACAAGGGAAACACUUUUAAGUAGUUUCUUAUGUCAUCUUGAAAAUGCAUGCAGUUAAAACUUCAUUGCAAUGCCUCAGGAUUCCCUUAACUCCUUUAGUUUGCUUAUGCUGCCUCCCUCUCUCUCUGUCUCUGUCUCUCUCUCACUCUCCCCCUGCAAGAAAACUAUGAGAGAAGAAAUGGGAAAAGAAUCUUUUGAAGGUAUUUGAAAAAUGUAUUAAAGAAGAUCUGCCUUUUUUUAGAUCAAAAUUCACUUUGCCAAGGUAGUAUGCAUUAAAGAAUUACCAAAACCUAUGAAAGAAUGACAUAAUACCUCUUCUCUCAGCUGAUUUCUAAAAGAGUUUAGAAGAAAUCAAACCUCACUUUCUAAGGGCAAUCUUAGAGCUAUAUUUGUUCAGAGAAUCUUAUAUUUGGAAGGGAUCUUGGGACUUGUGUCUGGACAGAAAUUCCCUUUAUAACAGCCGUAGCAAGUGGUCAAGUUAGCCUCUAUUCAAGCACCUUUGGUGUUAGGGAACCCACUUUAGAGUAGCUCUUUUUUUGGGAGAAAUUUUUUUUUCCUUGAAGCUAAAUCUUUUUUCUGCAGCUUUUAUCCACUUCUAUUUCUACCCUCCAGGAAGAAACAGAAUAAGUCUAAUCCCAUUUGUAUGUAACAGCUCUUCAGCUUGAAAAUACUUAUUGCCACAUCACCUCACCAAAGUCAUCUUUUUUUAGGCUAAGUAUUCCCAGUCCCUUUAACUGUUUCUCAUUCCAUUACUUUUCUCUCCUUCUGGUUGUAUUUGUCUACAUGUAAUCCAUUUGUCUUUGUCCUUUGCAAAGUAUACUCAGAACUGAACAUUUUGAAUGAAUUAAUAAAGAACAAAUGUGAAAAAGAAAAA